UGUAUAUAAAGGCAGACACCAGCCCAGGACCUGAUCUGCUGCAGCGGGAACACAUCCACACCCAGAACUUUGAUUUUUAAUCUCGGCUGCUACUCUUAACCCAAACAGAAUGGGAUCCUUUAAGUUGGCCCUGCUGCUGGUCUUUGUGUCCUGCGUUGAACGCAGUCUGUCUGCCUCCUGCAUUGUAGAUAGUUUCUCAGUCAAAGAAGACUUUGAUCCAAAGAGAUAUGCUGGGAAGUGGUAUGCACUGCAGAAGAAAGACCCAGAGGGGCUCUUCCUGCAGGACAACAUCUCUGCCGAGUACACCAUUGACGAUGAUGGCUCCAUGACUGCCUCUUCCAGGGGACGGGUCACAUUGUUUGGCUUCUGGGUUGUCUGCGCUGACAUGGCUGCUCAGUACUCUGUACCUGACCCUACCACUCCAGGCAAGAUGUUCAUGAACUACCAGGGCCUGGCCAGCUACCUCUCAAGCGGAGGCGACAACUACUGGGUCAUCGACACCGACUAUGACAACUAUGCCAUCACCUAUGCUUGCCGCUCCCUGAAAGAGGAUGGCAGCUGCGAGGACGGCUAUUCCCUUGUGUUCUCCAGGAACCCCCGUGGCCUGCCUCCAGCGAUUCAACGCGUCGUCCGUCAGAAACAGGAGGAAAUCUGCAUGGCCGGACAGUUCCAGCCCGUUCUGCAGUCUGGGGCCUGCUGAGCAAAAUCCAAGAAAGAGAAACGGGGAUGAGAAGCAAGUGCCAGUCAGAUGCUGUCUUUGUGGAUAGAGAGCAAACAGAGGGAAAAACCUGAGAGCAUGUGUGUUUGGUUAAUCUAUGACACUGAUGGAGUUGAAAAAUGCAAAGAGAUUGACAAAAGAAGAAUAUUUCUCUUCUUCUGCUUUUUAUGAAUUUUUCUUCCACCUCCUUCACAUAUCCAUGUAUUAUUAGUAUUAUGAUUAGUAUUUUGGCCAGAUUUCUCCUGAAAAAGAGAUGCAAUCUCAAUGAGACUUUCCUGGUUAAAUAAAGGCUACAUACAGACACAAAUACACACAUACAUGCAUACAUGCAAGAGAAAAAUUUUACUUUGCAGUAAUGUUUGUGAGUGAAUGUGACAAAACAAAUAAAGAUUUUUUUUACA